CAACCACCCCUGCCUGCAUCCCUCCUCCUCGCCACUCCAUCGCGGCUCGCUGUCGUGAGCGCUCACUGCACGCGAGACGGAGCGAGCGACACGGGGGGUAGAGAGAUCUCUGCCACCACACACGCCACGCAUUCACAACACGAGCUCACUUUCUUACGGCGCGCGGAGUCAUCGCGGCUCAGUGCUUGUGUCCGACAAACGCACGUGCUGUGGAUUCUACCGACCCCGCGGCACAAAACAAGGAAGACCCUCGACGGCACGGGACGAAGAGAGAGGAACGGCGCAGGGAGGCAGCAGGAGGAGGAGGAGACGGGAGAGUGGAGGAGACACGAGGCAGUCGCUUCUGGUAGUGGUUUUGCGCACCGCUAAGGGCUCGCUGCGCUGCUGCUACCACCGCUGCUGGUGCUGGCGGUGGCUGGGGCAGCCGAGGGCAGAAACGGGAGCGAACGAGAGGCGCCGCGGGUGUGCAUGCAGCAGCAGCAGCGGCGGCGGCGGCGGCAGCGACGUCUCGGCAUCGCCGGGCCUCGCCGCUCGGGGCACGCGGGUCAUCCGCCGCAUCCUUCAUGGUCUGCGCGGGCGCGGCGCCGCGCUGCGCCAAUCCCGUAGCCUGCCGCGCCGUAUGUUCAGGUCCAGACGCCUGGCUCUGGUGCACAGACUGUGGCGGAGCAGAGCGAUGGGCUGUGAGGAAACGGCGGCGGCGGCAGCGGCCGGCAACGACGCUGCCGCUGUUGCCGCCACAGAAGACAAUGUCACUGCCGCCAGCAGCAACAACAACAGCAUCAACAGUGGCAGCAGCAGCAGUGGGGAGGAUGACGGACCUUGCCGAGGCCGCUUCUGCCUAUGCCGCUCUCGGGAGCCGCCCAGCGAGAUGAAGGCGCUGGCCACGGGCCUCUUGAAGCAGCUGAGCGUGGCGCAGCUCGAGUCGCUGGCGGCCGCGGCCGAGAGUCGCGGCUCGGCCGAAUCGGGCUGCGUGCCGCUGCCCAACGGCGACCUGGUGCUGGGGGCGCAGCGCGUCUCCACGCUGCUGUUCGUGUGUCGCCUGCUCCGCUGGCCCGACCUCCGUCACCCUCUUGAACUCAAGAGGCUCUGCUCCUGCGAGUCGUUUGGCCGAGCCGGACAUCAGCAGCAGCAGGGUCUGGAGACCUUGUGCUGCAAUCCGUUCCAUCUCAGCCGUCUCUGCAUGCCAGACUCGCCGCCACCUCCCUACACCAGAUUUCCGCCGGAGUCGCCCAAGCUUCAAGUUGGCGGUGGCGCUCCCUUCCCCACCGUGGAGACGUCCAGCACCGAGUUCCACUGGAUGCCCGGCCUGCGUGGCACAUUCCUGCCCCCUGACGUGCACAAGAGCAAGCCAUGGUGCACGCUCGCCUACUGGGAGCACAAGACGCGCGCGGGGCCGCUGUUCCACGCCUAUGAGCAGGCCGUGUCUGUCUUCUACGAGCUACCUCAAAGCGGCGAUGGCGCCACCGCCUGCACUGCCGCCGCCUCCACCGCCGCCACGCGGGGCCUCUGCCUCAAACAGCUGCCCGUCACCAACGGUGGCAGCCAGACGGUGCGGCGCACGCGGGCCCGCGUUGGCUCAGGCCUUCUGCUGAGCCGCGAGCCCGACGGCGUCUGGGCCUACAAUCGUGGCGAGCAACCGGCCUUCGUGCACUCGCCCACGCUCGACGCGCCAGGAUGCUCAGCUCCCGGCGGGGGUGGCGGGCGCGCCCAGGCGCUGUGCCGCGUUCCGUCGGGCCACUCGGUGAAGGUGUUCGACUUUGAGCAUGCACGGCACCUACACAAGCUGUCGCGCGUUGAUGACGGCGGUGCCGGCGACCGCCCGCGAGACAUCUACAGCAUCCGCAUCAGCUUCGGCAAGGGCUGGGGACGCGACUACUCACGCCAAUGUGUGCUGGACUGCCCCUGCUGGCUGGAGGUCUUCUUCUACAGAUAGCUGGCCGCCCGGCGCCGGUGGGAAAACCGGACUGGCGUCACCUGCAGCGUGAGCGGCGGUCGGGGGCCGAGUCGUUGCCGUGCCGGUGAAAGAGGGUGGUGCCCAGGAUGUUUCAUGAACCUUUUGAGGGAACCGUCGGAUGCGCGACACGGAGCUCGGCCACAAAUGUGGCCGAGCCCGAUCCAGGAUUUGCCCGAGCGCUUGCGCUGUCGAAUCGGGCGCGUCACGAAAACCACGCCGAGAGGAUUUACAGCUCGGACCUCGGAGGAGCUGCGCUUGGACCAAAGCCACAAUAGACGCUGACGAUGCACAAACUCUUAUGGCGCAUCACGCGGCGAGGGCGGAGGGGGAACCCGUUGGGAUUCGCUCUGCCCGUCCGCCCGUGCGCGCCCCGUCACGCGAAGCCUCCAAAUGACACCGCCGUCGUGUGGCCGGUGUUUUUCCUCCAAAUUGCAAAUUCCAGGGUCCAAGGCGCAGGUGCACUUGCGUGGCUGCAGCUCGCAGAAACUUACAAAAACAAAGCGAAAAAAACAACAACAACAGCGCUGGGGACUUGCCUAAUGUGUACUUGCCGUUGCAUCAAGAAAGGUUUUUGUUUGUUUCACAGAACGCUUUCCCGACAGCCCGUUGCCAGUAUUUAGUGUCCGGCGGGGGGGGGGGGCAGUGGGGGGGGGGGGUGUCCUUUGCCGGCGUUCCCAUCACUGCCCUCAUCGCUACUGUGACGUCACCGCGCCUGACUUGCUCCUCAUACCGCAAAGGCCGCUAGCGCUUUAUACCGACGGCGACGGAGGCGACAAUAAUAAUUAUUAAUAAUACUAUUUAACAAUAAUAAUGAUAAUGUAAAUUAAAAUAAUAUAAUACAGUCAUAGCUGUGAUGGUAACAAUACUGUAAUAAUUAUAAUAUAUAUAUUUUUAAAACCUUUUUCUUGAGGUUACUUGUGGCUGUCUGCAAGUAAAGCCUCUGCUUCUAGGCCCCGUCGCCACAUUUUCUCUCCCCCUGCCUCCUGCCCCGACAACUGCCUCCAGAGUGGAUCACUAUUUUAGUAAGCGUCGUGACAUAUUAUCGGUAUAUAUAUUGUGAUACCUGUAAAUACGUGAGGCGUUUGUAUUUGUACAGUGUAAUUAUUUAUGUACAGUGCAAUGUGUUGUGACGAAACGUAUUGUAAAAUGCACUUUGUGGAGACUUUAAAGAAAAGAGAGGAGGGAAAAAAAGACCGAGUUUGAUUAAAACUUCU